CACCCCCUUCACUUCCACAUGACGCCAUUUACAGCAUAAACCCGACCUCCUCUCCGGAAAGAAGAAAAAACAAGAGCUGAAAAAACUUGAAAGCAGCACAGUGUGUGCCAUGCAGCCAAACAUUCAACUUGCAAGCCGCAACGCGUCUUCUUGAAAAGUCUUGAGCGUUUUUUAUUUGUAUUUUUUUUUUUCAGUAAACUCCGCUCAUUUUGUUGGAUUCUGGAACUUAUUUCUUUUUGGUGUAAUUAGCGGUUUGACAGCAUACGUUAAACUACACUGCGUUCUACUUGGAAUAAAAUUCUGAUGUUACUGUUUCGCGCGAGUUGCGCGGAAAAGUAGCGAAUACGAGGACGCGCGAGCGUCUGCUAUCAUCGGGAUUUUUGUGAAUGAAUCUCCCAAUGAAUUGAGGACUAACCAAAGAGAAAUUCCUACUAGUAGGAUAUACUCUUCACAACAAAUAGGGGGUUGAGGUGGUGAGAUCACGGACUUCAGAUGUGUUCAAUGCCAGCCGGAGAGUUCCCACUUCAGAGUAAAGAUGGAGACAAGAGCUCAAAAUGGCGGCAGCGGCUCCUCUGGCUUGCUGCGAGCUUUGCGUGACACUGGCAGACCCCAGACUGGGGACUCGGAGCCUUGGGAGGGUCAGGUGCUCUCCCUGGACCAGAUAAGGACCAUCCGCAGCAGCAAUGAGUACACAGAGGGCCCGACGGUGGCGCCCCGUCCGCCGGCCUCCCAGCAGAAAACGGACUCGCAAUCUUCUAGCCCGACUUCCACCACCUCCAUUGAGCUCUCCGAGCAUAGAAACUCCCAGAGGGCACAACAAGCCGGACAGCAGACUCCUCAACAAGCCCCUCAGUCGCCAAGGAGCGGCGUGAGCAGAUCCACCAGUGGCACCAGCGAGGGGUCUCACAGCACUGCCAGGGCCAGCACAGGCAGCACCUCAUCGGAGCAAAGACUUUUGGGAAAUGCAGGCGGGACGAGCGAUCGGGUGGUGAGGGCGCAGCCUAAACGUUCAGAGCUGAAGCAGGAGGAACUGAAGCCCUUGGCUACGACCCUGGGCCAGGCUGCCGAUGGCAAGCACUCGAAUCGCUGCGAGGACUGCGGCCGCUGCAAGUGUGAAGGGUGCACCUGUCCUCGGACCCUGCCGUCCUGUUGGAUGUGCGGCCGCAGGUGCCUUUGCUCGGCGACAACAGCAAUGGACUACGUCACCUGUGUCUGCUGCGUCAAGGGUCUCUUCUACCACUGCUCCAGCGACGAUGAGGAUGUGUGUGCGGACAAGCCCUUCUCUUGCACCCAGUCGCACUGCUGCAUGCGGUGGACGGCCAUAAGUGUCCUGGCACUUUUCCUGCCCUGCCUGCUUUGCUACCUCCCGGCGAAGGGCUGCGUGGCGUUGUGCCAGGCGUGCUACAACUGCACCAGUCGGCCAGGAUGCCGCUGCAAGAACAAAGGAGUUGAGAAAUAAAUGAGGCUCGGUUCCUGGAGUAGCACUGGGAAGAUAACCUUAUCUGGGACUAUCUCCAGAGCAGUGGAAAAAUAUUCGCAAAUUUCUGUAGUUUUGGCACUGUAGACCAAGAGGUGACAUUGGAUUGGCAAAAACUGGUUUGAAGGGGUUUGUUUGUCUGUUAGUUUUUUGCUUUUCUCUUAUCCACAUUCUCUCUUUCUAUUUCACUCUUUAAGGGGGAUAGAGUUUGUCGCAACAUCCUUCCCCUGUCCUUUUUGUUUUAAACUGAAGUCCAGAAUGUUAGCCCUAUUGACAUUCAGUAAUAUGACUGAUAAAGGUGACAGACUCUCCUAUUUUA